AUGUUCAAUCAGGUUCUAGUUCGACCUUGUGAUAGAGAUUUCUUGAGAUUUCUAUGGUGGGAGGAUGGCAAUCUAAGCUCAGCACCCAAGGAAUACAGGAUAAAGGUUCACAUUUUUGGGGCAGCAUCAUCUCCUGGAGUAGCAAAUUAUGCCUUAAAAAAGGCCGCAGAUGUGUAUGAAAGCAAGUAUGGAUCUGAUGCAGCAGACUUUGUUAGAAACCAUAUUUAUGUAGACGAUGGCUUAAUAUCGGUGUCCACAGUUGAGGAAGGUGUUAGUCUCGCUAAGCGACCAAUAGAGCUGUGCAAAGAUGCAGGAUUUCGCUUGCAUAAAAUUGUGGCAAACAAUGAAGAGGUAUUAAAAUCGUUGCCGAGCAGUUCAGUGGCUAAAGGAUGCAAACAGUGGAGCACACUUCCUACAGAACGAACCCUGGGUAUACUCUGGGAUGCUGGUUCAGAUGCCUUUCAAUUUAGUUCCUGUGUUAGAGAACGCCCUUCCACUCGUAGAGGUGUCUUAUCUAUGGUGAACUCAAUUUUUGACCCUCUAUGGUUUCUUUCACCAUAUGUCUUGAAUGGCAAGAAGAUACUGCAACAUCUGUGUACCAAUGAAUCUGAUUGGGAUCAACCAAUUCCAACAAGUGUUGAGCAGAAGUGGAAGCAGUGGAAAGAUCAAAAUACUUAA